AUGCUCGCAUCCUUGGCCGGCAGCUUUGUUGGCAUAGUUCUCUGUCUUUUGAAGACAGUCAGCGCCGACGCAGUUUCAAACUGCCAACCUUCCACCUUCGAGCCUCCAGAUAUCGACGGCGUCCAGUACCUGGCCAUCCAUGCCAAUGCCGAGCUCGCAUUUACGGCGAUGUCUCUUCCACCAGCCACACUAGAUGGGGCGAGCUAUACCAUCGACUUCUGCAAUGUGACAGUCACCUACACUCAUCCCGGCUGGAACGACACCAUCAACGUAUCAGUGUGGCUGCCACUCUCCAAUUCUUCAAGCAACAGCUCUUGGAACGGAAGACUCUGGGCUGUCGGAGGGUCUGGAUUUGCGGCUGGGGUGGGCUCGCUGUAUAUGACACAAGCAGUUGCAAAAGGUUUUGCUGCUCUCAUGACAGACUCGGGACAUCCGGCAGGUCUUACGAAUGCACUGCGCCUGGACUGGGCCCUAUCCAGCCCAGGGAAUCUGAAUUUACCGCUACUUUACGAUUUCGGUUUGCGGACGUUGGGCGAGAUGGGGCCCAUCGGGAAAAAGACUACCAAAGACUUCUUUGCCCGCACGCCAGACUUUGCAUAUUUCAGUGGAUGCUCGCAAGGUGGAAGACAGGGGCUGGAGAUUGCACAACGCUUCCCAACUCAUUACGAUGGCAUCCUUGCGGCAGCACCGGCGAUAUACUUUGACACUUUCCUUCCCGCGGCUUCGUGGGCGAGGCAAGUCAUGGACGAUAUGGACGUGUAUCCAUCGCCGUGCGAGAUUGAUGUUUAUAUCAAAGAAGCUGUCAAUGCCUGUGAUGGCUUGGAUGGUGUUCGUGAUGGGAUUAUUUCGCACCCAGAUCUUUGCUCUUUCAAUCCCCACUCAGUGAUGGGCAAGCAAGUUGCUUGUAACGGUACGAGCAUCACUCUCUCUGUUGCCGGCGCAGAAGUGGUAGCCGCCGCCUGGCGUGGUCCAUCAAGCCCCUCAGGAGACAUAAGCUGGCCGGGCCUGAACAAAGAUACCUCAUUAACGGCAAACUACGUGGCCACCUCGUGUGCACAACAAAGUCGAGGAUGUAGCCUGGCAGCCUCUCCGCUCCUCGACGACUUUUUCAAAUAUUUGUUAAACAAAGACCCGGCGCAUACUACAGCGAACAUGACGGACGAACAAUUCUUGGCUCAUCUCAGAACUUCUCAUCGAGAACUCGGUCCCAUCUUCGGUUCUGCCGACCCAAAUCUAUCCGAGUUCAAAGCCACUGGCGGCAAGAUGAUCAGUUGGCACGGUCUUGCGGACGAGACCAUCCCUCCAGCAGGAACGAUCGACUAUUACAAGGAAGUCCUGGCCAUCGACCCAGACGCAUCUGACUUUUUCCGCUUCUUUGAAGCCCCUGGUGUCGGCCAUUGUGCAUGUGGUCCAGGCCCUUUUCCAUGA